UCCCUUGUUCAUUUCACAGCUGAGGCACCCAAGUUAAAGAAGCAAGUUGGGCAUUAAGACACAGAUAGCCAAGGGGCAGCUUGGUCUUAGGUGACCUGAGAGAAUGAAUUAUCGUCUGGGGGUCAAGUGCACCAGCUGCCGAAGGAAAAGGCUGCCCUCUAACUGGCUCUGCAAGCUGAUGAAGGAGGAGCCGGGCUCUUACUGAGGCAGUCACGGAGCACUGAAAUGACAGUCAUAAGUCUGGCAGUUCUGUCCCUGGGCAGAUGGAUCACCUGAUACGGGAUGUUUGGACCCAAGCCCUAGGACUGGCUUAAAAGAGGGCUGUGUUGACCUACCAGCUGGUUCUUGGCAUCCUGUCAAACUGCUGUGCAUACUGACAUAAAAAUACCAGCCUGGAAACAGGGCCAAGGCAGUCUGCGGGACUCCGUUAUGGAAGAUAAAGCCACCAUGCAGGUGCUGACCAAGCGCUACCCCAAGAACUGCCUGCUGACCGUCAUGGACCGGUACUUGGCCGUGGUGCACAACAUGGAGCAGGUGGUGAUGAUCCCCAGCCUUCUGCGGGACAUGCAGCUGAGCGCACACGGGCACCAGGCCCAGGCGGGCGCCUCCGACCUCUACAGCUACUUCACCAUGCUCAAGGCCAUCCGCACGGAUGUGGAGCAUGGGCCGCUGCCCCAGCAGGAGUGGCCGGCCAAGGCGGCAGGUGGCAAAGCCAAUGGAGCUGAGACUGAAGCUGGAGAGACGGAAGAGGCUGAGGAGGAGAGGGUGUCAGGGCAGCUGGACCUGGAAGCCCAGUUGCACCUGCACUUCGCUAGCCUUCAUCACAUCCUCACCCAUCUUACCCUGAAAGCUGAGGAGGUGACAAGGAGAUACCAGGAGAAAACGGGACAGGCCAUGUAGGAAAGCUUACUCCACGUGAUAGAAGGCAGUCUCUGUGAUGAAGACAUGGAGCAGUUUGCUAGCCUGAUGAGGGCAAGACCAAAAAGACCUGAACCUGCAACUACAAGUGAAGAUGAUUUGGAUAUCUGGGAUUCCUACCUUCCUCUGAGCACCAGUUUAUGGACCCAUCACUGCGUCAGUGAGGCUGCCUGCUGCUGUUCAAGACUCCUUGCUCCUCUUACUAGCUUGGGGCGGAAGCCAGUGAUUCAUGAGGGACCCCGUCUGUCACCUGGUCAGUGUACUACAGCAGAAAUACAAGUUCUAGCAUCUGACUAACCGAGGCUCACUUCCUUCUCUCUUGGCAGUCAUUCACUGCAAUCAUGGGCAAGUUAUUUAACCCAUCGUGGCCUAAAUUUCCUCAUCUAUAAAAUGGAGACAGUGUUCGCUAUCUCAUGAAGUUGCUUUGAAAAUUAAACAGUAAGUCAAAAGCAUCUGGCGUGUGAGAGCUGUUAUUAUAGGUCUAUUUCUUCUCCCACCCUCUCCUUGUUAUUUGUUCUAGUCCUCCCUUACUUUCUACCCUCCAGAACUAAGAAGCAGAGUCCUCAACUCUGAGUGGUUCACACUCCUAUGCCUAUUGAGCAGAGGUAAACUAUAAACUUAUUUAUUCCAGGAGCAAUAAAAAUACCUUGUGUUUGUA